AAAUGGCAAAAUCCUGGAUUGGUGCUUAGUUUCCACCCCGUUUGAUUCUGUGUACAACUCCUCCCUCCCGCUUUCCUCUGUUGAGCUGCCGUUUUAUGACUCGACACUUUUUGUUAUCUCAUCAUCUCCCCUCCUCUCCACCUCCUCCUUUUGGUGUUUUUUUGUUUUUUUUCCUUCUUUGCAGUGCGCAGCUUCGCUCGAUAUUGUCGAUAUUCCGUUUGAAGGGCGGCCCAGGUUGAGUCGAUUGAGUUGGUAGUUUAAUUGUGGAGCGGGAUAGCGUGUUUUAGCGGAGAUGAGAGUGAACUGUUGAAGGAUUUUAUUGAGUGCAGUGGAGGUCGGUUGGAGAAUUGGGUUGGAGUAAGAGUUUGUGAUAUUGUGGAGCCGGAGGUUGGUUUGGAGAUUUAGGCUUUGCUGUGCAACUGAAGAGCAGGAUAUUUGCAGCUAGCUCGCACAGCUACUGGCAUUGUUGCGCUGUUAUAGAGGAGGCGCACAAGACUGCUGCAAGCUGUUUUUCGCAGUAAGCAACCUGAAAGGUCAGUUUUUCUGCGGUUUGAAUGGAUAUGUAUUGGUGACUUGGUGUUUUGAAAGUGUCUUGCGUAAUUCUUUCGUGUUUUGUAAUGUGAUAGACGUGAGUUUACUGUGUACUAGUCAAUUUCAUCUCCCAUGAGUUCCCCCGGGCAUCGGGAAUUCGGAGUCACUUGUGUAGAUAUACCGUAUACUUGUCUCAUCGAUAUUGAGUGUUAAGGAUGACUUUGCGUGCAAUCGAAGAUAUACAUUUAUCGUGAGUCUCGGGUGUGUGUGUGGGAAUCUCAAGCCGAAAUCGGUUCCUCGUUUGUUUAGAAACUGACAUUUUCUUUUAUUUCUGUUUCUUUGAGGGGUUUGGUGGCAAGUGGAGCUGCUUCUUAAAGAAUCUUCGUGGAUCAAGUUUUGUCGCGGAGGAUGUUAUUGGAAUUUUAUUUUUGUGUCAAUCCUUGAAUUGAGGUGAAACGGAAGUGUAGGAGUAUCAGCAUACAGAGCUGCUUCUUGCAAGAGGCUGGGGUCAAGAUUUGAAGAACUUCAGGACUUAAUAAUCAAAGCGGUGCUUUUGAAGUGCAAUAGAAUAGAGAGGACUUGGACGGAGAGGCGUGGAAGUUAUCUUCGGAACUUGGCAUGGGAUUGCUAGGGAAGUGAAUACCCGAAGAAGUUUCUGAUAAAGUUUCAGGCUGACGUUGAAGUUAAAGUGGAAGUUGAAGCUGCACUUUUUUCAAGAUGCAAGCAGCUUGUGAAUUUUGCGGCGAGGGACGUGCGACUGUAUACUGCCGAGCUGACUCGGCUCGACUAUGUCUUACAUGCGAUCGGCAAGUUCACGGUGCAAAUGCGCUUGCGCAGCGGCACUCCCGCACUUUGCUCUGUCAUUCCUGCAAUGUUCGUCCCGCGGCAGUGCGCUGCCCAUCUUGCCACUCGUCUCUGUGUGAAACCUGUGAUGACGAGAUACAUAAUCCCAUCUUGGGUACUGAUCAACAUCAGCGGCGCAGUUUUGAAUGCUUCACUGGCUGCCCUACUGCAACCGAACUUGCUAUGCUUUGGGCAUCUCAAGCCAACGAUGUCCGGAAGCGUGGUGGAGCUGUGUUAGCAUCGUCACCUUUUAAGAAAAGCAUGCAGUGGAACUCAUGGGAGCCGCGGAUCGGAGCUGUGGCACUUAACCCAAUUGCCCCUGUGGAUGUGAGAGAGAGUUGCACCGCUCAGAGAACGGGUGAUAACUUCAAUGUUGGUGCCUAUAUGUCUGGCCCGGGCCCUCCCCGAAUCCUGAAGAAAAUGGUUUCCGUAAGCACUGCGAAAGAGCUGGGACAUGAGAGAGAAGUGUUUCAACAGUUAGAGAAACUGCAAGCUCAGGAUCCAGUUCGAAUUAUCAAAUCAGAAAACCUCAUCGCACCUCGUAAACCGCAUUCUUCGACAAACGUUCUCGAGAAACAAGAGCCGCUCAACAACUACGCAGUUCCUGCUCAACGACACGUGGACCAGGAACUUGUUCAAAAUUCUCGCUCCGUGGCAUACAAUCCGGAAGCAGGUUUAGUACAAGGUCGAGUAGCCAAAGUGGAGGUUGAAGCCGAUGGCUACCAGCGAGGCACGGAUGGAUUCUGGCGCAACAACUCCAUCAGUCAAGCUAAUCAGUUGUGGGGUCAGAACAUGCAAGACCUAGGAAUGUGUGAGGAAGAGGAGCGCGAUUUAUGCUCUGGGUUUAAUGUGCCCGAUGUGAAUUUGUCUUUCGAAAACUACGAGGAUAUAUUUGCUAGCAGCCAGGCCCCUAAUGCAGCAACUUUUUCCGCCUGUACUUCAAUGGAAGCAGACGCAGGACGUGAAUCUCACAUGCAAAGCAUUCCUGAAUCAGAGCUCUUUAGGUCUCUCGCUAGUAAUGAUCAGUUCAACUUUCAGGCUCAAUUAGACAAGUUAGGGCUUGGUCGACACUCAGCCGAAAAUGAAGCUGCCCUUCGAUUAAGUGGAAAGGCUCUGGAUGACAUGGAUAUGAGCACCAUGAACGUCCAGUUCACCACCAGUCAAGAGAAUUCAGGAUUGUCUUGGACAGCUUCGGCCGUGAGUGGGGACAGCAGCGACUACGUUGAGUGCGAUUUAUCACCCGUGCUUCUCACCCCCAGUGGAGAGUCUUCCUUGGGGUCUGGGAGUCCAGACAGUGUUACAUUUGCACAAGCACGAGAUUCAGCUAUGCUCCGCUACAAGGAGAAGAAAAAGAUACGUUCGGCAAAAAGAUACGGUAUGAAUCUCGCAAGGCUCGAGCAGACAUUCGCACAAGAGUGAAGGGGAGGUUUGUGAAGGUGGGUCAAGCCUGCGAUUACGAUCCAAUGGUUCAGCCGCAGUGGAGCUUGUAGAAAUGUAGGCUUAGUUCAUUGUGAAGAGGGUAUAGAUUGCGCCUGACACUUCCCAAAAACUCAUUUAUUUGUAGGCUCAUGCAGCGACUCGAUGCAAGUGCAUCGCUCGGCAUUUGUAUUUUUCAGCUGCACCUACUUUUUUCUGUAGGCGAGUUUAGACUUGGUGAUGAUGAUGUCGGUGGUGAUCUGUACUAGUGGGUGCGUUAGCAGUAGUUUUAUUAUCGAUUUGAGCGACCACUGUGGAGCCUGGUUGCUUUCUUCUAGGAGCUGGGGUGAGUUGGCGUGACGAGAGGUUAUAAAUGAUGGAAAUAACCACAGGCCUGCGGAAAGAUGUAUCAUAUACAUGCUUGCCAAACUGACGAACAAAACACUGGUGGUAUGUGGUUUUGUGAGGUAUUUUGAGGUUUCUGUACAGGUCUAUGCUGGAAUAGAUCCGUAGAGAUUAGGGACAUGGCUGCAUUGGGCGCCUUCCUCGUAGGGAUCGUCUCCAGCAGACUGAUGGCUAUCAGCUGCAGACAUUAUGCACGAAGUGCAAAUUUUUUAUCUCCUUGCGACGAAGGAAAGGGAUUUAUUAAAAACAAAAAAACAAACAAAAAAAAAAAAAACAGAAAAAAUAACAGAAAAAGCAUUAAAACAAAAAUUUCUUGUCUCUCAUUGUGUACUAUACUAGAUAAUCCUGGAGAUUUGAGAAUAUAACAGUUGAGGCUUAGAGAAUAGGUAGGAAUAGAGCUUGUGAGCUCUAUCUUUGGUUCUCAUUUCUCAACGAACCAGUGUGUAUAUAUCGCCGUAAAUGAAAAAUAGAAAAACAAUGCUUUCCUGCUGA